AUGAAGAAACAUUUCCCAGGAAGUCAGUGUGAUCUUAACAGAGAGGGCAGCUGUGAUGAGCAAGUGAUGGAGCAUGAUAUGAAACCUGAGGGCAUUGUCAACACAGAUGAUGGUCCCAGAGCUCUGACACUGGAGGAUUAUUUGAAUGGAAAGUUCCAAUAUAAAACAUUUUUUCCAUAUUGGGUAUCUGAUAAUGAAUAUCUUCAUCAGUCUGCGGAAGAUGACAUUAUUCUUUACAAUGUUGACAUGAAUUACCGAACUACCAUCAUGACUAACAGCACAAUGAAGCAAGUUAAUGCUUCAAAUUAUGUGUUGUCAUCAGACAAAUAUUUCAUAGCUCUGGAAAGCAAUUAUUCAAAGCUGUGGAGAUACUCCUAUACAGCAUCAUACCACAUUUAUGACCUCAUAUAUGGUGGUUUUGUAACAGAGAAUCAGCUUCCACAUAAAAUUCAGUAUAUAUCCUGGUCACCCGUUGGACACAAAUUGGUAUAUGUAUAUCAGAAUAAUAUCUAUUUGAAACAAAGUCCAAGGGAGGCACCAAUUAAAAUAACUAGUGAUGGAAAACAGAAUGAAAUAUUUAAUGGGAUUCCUGAUUGGGUCUAUGAAGAGGAAAUGCUAGCAACCAAAUACGCACUGUGGUGGUCUCCAAGUGGAAAAUAUUUAGCAUAUGUACAAUUUAAUGAUUCUGACAUACCAGUUAUUGAAUAUUCAUAUUUUGGUGAGGAUCAGUAUCCUAGAAAGAUAAUUAUCCCAUACCCAAAGGCUGGGGCUAAAAAUCCUACUGUUAAAGUGUUUAUUGUAGACACUAUUAACUCUGAAGCAUUUGGUCCUAAGGAGGUGCCAGUUCCCACAGUCAUAGCAUCCAGUGAUCACUAUUUUACUUGGCUUACUUGGGUAACAGAUACUAGAGUCUGUGUGCAAUGGCUAAAAAGAAUCCAGAAUUUUUCAGUCUUAGCUAUUUGUGAUUUCAAACAACAUUCAAAUACGUGGGACUGUCCAGAGAAUCAACAGCACAUAGAAGAGAGUCAAACAGGAUGGGCAGGCGGAUUCUUUGUUUCUGCACCAUAUUUUACAUCAGACACCAGUUCAUACUACAAAAUUUUUAGUGACAAAAAUGGUUAUAAGCACAUUCAUUACAUCAAUGGCUCUGUGGAGAAUGCAAUCCAAGUUACAAGUGGAGAAUGGGAAGCAAUAUACAUUUUCAGAGUAACAAAUGAUGCAAUUUUCUAUUCAAGCAAUGAAUUUGAAGGCUAUCCAGGAAGAAGGAAUAUUUACAAAAUCAGUAUUGGAAGUAAACCUCUCAGAAAACAAUGUAUUACUUGCAAUUUAAGAAAAGAGAGAUGUCAGUAUUAUACAGCAAGAUUCAGUGAACGUUCUAAGUAUUAUGCCUUGAUCUGUUAUGGUCCUGGGAUUCCCAUUUCUACUCUUUUUGAGAACCACAGUGAUAGAGAGCUCAGAGUAUUAGAAGACAAUUGGGAAUUGCAGUCUGCUUUGCAAGAGAUCAAACUGCCAAAAGAAGAAAUUAAUAAACUUGAAGUGGAUGGUAUAAUUUUGUGGUACAAAAUGCUUCUACCUCCACAGUUUGAUAGAUCCAAGAAGUACCCUCUGCUUAUUCAGGUGUAUGGAGGACCUUGCAGUCAGAAUGUAAAGGAAACAUUUAGCAUUAGCUGGAUAACCUAUCUUGCAAGCAAAGAGGGAAUUAUUGUUGCUUUAGUGGAUGGCAGAGGAACAGCUUAUCAAGGUGACAAGGUUUUGCAUGCAGUAUAUCGAAAACUUGGAGUCUAUGAAGUUGAGGACCAGAUCUCAGCAGUGAAGAAAUUUAUAGAAAUGGGCUUUAUAGAUGAGAAACGAGUAGCAAUAUGGGGCUGGUCCUAUGGCGGGUAUGUAACUUCUUUGGCACUUGGAUCUGGCAGUGGCCUAUUUAAAUGUGGAAUGGCUGUGGCUCCUGUUUCCAGCUGGGAAUAUUAUGCAUCUAUCUACACAGAACGAUUUAUGGGUCUUCCUGUAGAGUCUGAUAAUCUGGAGCACUACAAGAAUUCAACUGUGAUGGCAAGAGCAAAGAAUUUCCAAAAUGUAGAGUAUCUUCUCAUCCAUGGAACAGCAGAUGAUAAUGUACAUUUUCAGAACUCAGCACAAAUUGCAAAAGCUCUGGUUAAUGCACAGGUGGAUUUCCAGGCAAUGUGGUAUACUGACCAGAACCAUGGAAUUCCAGGCCUAUCCAGCAAACAUCUCUACACACAUAUGACCCACUUCCUCAAGCAAUGUUUUUCUUUGCCAGAAUAAGUAGACUAUUCAGAGUAUGCUAAGACAUCUGAGACAACUCUGGGAGAAUGCAAUGAUAAUAAUGACCAAGUUAUAUAGUUACAGGUGAAUUGAUAACAAGAACUUUGAAGUUUUAAACAAUGUUUACAUCCAUUUUUGAUAUUGUAUAUUGGCAAAUGUUAUGGUAAUACAUGUUUUGACACAUUUAACACCUGUUUGAUAGAAAAAAUAAAAUCAGAAUGUAAAAUG